AUGCCCGCCAACACCACCGCAACUCCCAAGACCGUCCUCCACGCGAUCCACAACCUGCCCAAGAGGGUCAAGAGCAGCGGGCAACUCCGCUCCCGGAGCGUCCGUCGCGGAAAGGAGAACACCACAUCCGCAUCUCGCGCGCUCGCCGUCAGCCGCACACACGCCGCCAACGUCAUCAUCGCCUCCGAAUCGUUCGUGGCGACGCGGUGGGCGCCCAAGGACGGCAAGAUCGUCAUCAAAGUGUCCGUGCCGUGCAUGGACGACAUCUGGAAGUUCAAGGUCGCGGAGGGCGUCACGCUCGAGCGGCUGAUCCGCCGCGUGGAGGCGAAAGUCGGGUUCCCCGUCGCGCUCUCGUACGCGGUAGGCUCGGCGGGCGACUGUGAGCGCGCGGUCCGCACGGAGGACGCGUUCCGCUUCUGGGUGGAUACGAGGAUCCAGAAGGGAAUCAAUACCCCGCUCAUAGCCCGUGUCCGGGUGUAG